GAAAUUCACUUUUUUUGGCCUACAGCUCCAGGAAACUUUCAGCUAACAUGACCAGUACAAUAUAGCCAAUUUUACAGGGAUUGACAUGCAGUGACUCUGUAAGAGAGGUAAUGAUUGAAAAAUCAUUUGAACUUUGGGAUGUCUCAAAGCCAUGUCUUAACCAUCCUCUUUUGUAGAAUUUCACAAGCUUGGAUUUUUUACUCUGGUGUGUAGACAUGUAUGCAAUUGUGUGAUUGACACACACACACACAGGAAGGUGGAGCAAUGAAUUCAGCCGUAAAGUUCUGGGUGUGGUUACAGUCAGGUAAACUUGAAAUAGUAAAAAGAUUUCCUCCAUCCAAUGCUGCCUUGGAUAUUGUUGCUGGUUGCACAGGGCUGAAAAGAACCCAAAAUUUUGAAAAAAUAAUUCUUCUGGCUAAACAUAUGGCUGCGCCAGAAGCUAAUAGCUACAGGAACCCUGUGUUUGAGGGAGACAUUGAAAAAGACAGUCCAAAUGAAAAAAAUGAUAUUGCACUUAGAAACAGAAAUUUGGAAAAUGGCAAUUCUCUACAUCCUGAAGAACAUGAUGCAAACAUCAAUAUUGAGAUGGAUGAUCAACUGAAUAAACAUGAAUCACAUGCAAAAUCUGUCUUCCACAGGUACCUUGAAAAGAAAUAUGAUACGGUCCUUCACUUUUUCAAGAAACAUAAAACCAUAAUUCGACAGGUUGUUUAUGGAAUAUUGGCAGCAGCUUAUCUGGCAAUGGUAAUUGCAGCCUGUACCUUGAAUUUUCACAGAGCUUUGCCUCUCUUUGUGCUGACUAUCCUUGCCAUCUUUUUCAUCUGCUGGGACUUUUUGAUGGCCAAAUAUGAGAACAGAAUUGCAAAAUCUCUUUCUCCUUUUGGAAAGUUUCUGAAUAAACAGUGGUUUUGGCUGAAAUGGGUGGUGUGGAUCUCUCUAAUAACUGCCAUUGUGUGCUGGCUUAUCUUUGACACUGCCAAACAAGGAGCCAAACAGCUCAUAUCCUUUGCUGGACUAGUCGUGUAUGUUCUCUUGAUGCUGAUUUUUUCUAAAUAUCCAACUAAGGUUGUAUGGAGGCCAGUAUUCUGGGGGAUAGGACUGCAAUUUGUCCUCGGACUAAUAACAUUAAGAACAAAAGUAGGAUUUGAUGCAUUCAAUUGGCUUGGGGUACAAGUACAGACUUUUUUGGGAUACACAGAUGCGGGGUCCAAAUUUGUGUUCGGGGAAAAAUACACAGAUCAUUUCUUUGCCUUCAAGGUGCUGCCUAUAGUCAUUUUCUUCAGCACAGUGAUGUCUGUUCUAUACCACGUUGGAUUCAUGCAAUGGCUUAUUAAAAAGGUUGGAUGGAUAAUGCAAAUUACCUUAGGGACAACCCCUGUUGAAUCCUUAGUUGCAGCCGGCAAUAUAUUUGUGGGACAGUCAGAAUCUCCACUUUUAGUGAAACCCUAUUUGCCGUAUGUUACAAAGUCAGAACUCCAUGCCAUCAUGACAGCGGGGUUUGCCACCAUCGCUGGAAGUGUCUUAGGAGCAUAUAUUUCCUUUGGGGUUUCAGCCACCCACUUAUUAACUGCUUCUGUGAUGUCAGCUCCAGCAGCUUUGGCUAUUGCCAAGCUCUUUUGGCCUGAAACUGAGCAACCCCGAAUAACCGUACAGCGGAGCACGAACCUCGGGAAAGGGGAUUCCCAAAAUCUGUUGGAAGCAGCCAGCCAAGGUGCCUCUUCCUCCAUCUUCCUGGUGGCAAACAUCGCUGCGACUCUGAUUGCUUUCCUUGCUGUGUUGGCUUUCUGUAAUGCAGCCUUGUCAUGGCUGGGGAACAUGUUUGACUAUCCGCAGCUCGACUUUGAGAUAAUUUGUGCCUAUGUCUUCAUGCCAUUUUCUUUCAUCAUGGGAGUCGACUGGGAAGACAGUUUUAUUGUCGGUGGACUUCUAGGUUAUAAGACUUUCUUCAAUGAAUUUGUGGCUUAUGAACACCUAUCUAAACUGAUUCAGCUAAGGAAGAAUGGAGGGGAAAUGUACAGAGAUGGUGUGAAACAAUAUUUGAGUAUCCGGUCAGAAACCAUUGCCACUUAUGCCCUGUGUGGAUUUGCCAACUUUGGUUCCUUAGGAGUGGUGAUUAGUGCUUUGACUGCCUUAGCUCCCUCCAGGAAGAAAGACAUUGCCAACGGGGCCUUCCGAGCCAUGGUCGCUGGCACCGUGGCCUGCUUCAUGACCGCUUGCGUUGCAGGAAUUUUAUCUGUGACAGAAGAUCCAUGCACUACUUUAUUAGAAAACAUGACUACCAAUAGUACAGAGAUGAUUACAUGUUGUUUAAAGCUCGUAAACAGUGCAAACAGUUCGACAGAGAUCUUCCUGAAAACAAACAGCAAUUUAACCAUGACUGGAUGUUGUAAAAUUCUGCACCAACCCACAAUUAACUGCAGCUGGACAAAUACAUUAUCUUAAAUUAAGAUGUUUUUGUGUAAGAGACAGACCUAUACAUUUAUCUCACUGGAGGGGGUCUAAAGUUGUAUCUUGUGGCAAACAAAAUGCGGGGAGAGAAAAUAUCCCACAAGUCAUGCAGCACAGCAUUCUUUAUUUAAGUGCAUGAGUGUUAACUCACAUUGUUUCUAGGAAAUUAUCCUCACCCAGUUGAUGCUCCCAAGAGCAAAACGGCUCUUUGAAGGACUGAUUUUGGCAAAGAGUUAGGUGCCUGCUCCCAUUCAGCCUUCCUCUAUACUUGUUUAUAUAUUCAUCGGUGACUUUUUGUUCAAUCAUCAACAUCAUCUUAAAAGCCAAGAAGAAGUUAGUUGGAACUCAAUGUCAUGUACUAUCUGGUUUUGACACAAUUGCAAUCAAAAGGAACAUUCCUUUCUUUAUUUAUUUAUUUACAAUAAUUUUACCCCGCCUUUCUCACCCCGGAGGGGACUCAAGGCGGCUUCACAACAUGGCAAUAAUUCAAUGCCUUUUAAAAACAAAAUACAAAAGUGUCAAUUAGAUAAUAAAAUAUUAAAAGACAAUUAAAACCAUAACAUUUAACUCUGACAACAGAGUAAAUCAUGUGAUCCAAGCGCAUAGUCCGGGCGGUUCCCUUUGUCAAAUGCUGCACCAGAUUUCCAAAGGCUUGGUCAAAGAGCCAUGUCUUCACUUUUUUGUGGAAGAUCAGGAGGGAGGGGGGCUGAUCUAAUCUCCCUGGGGAGGGAGUUCCAUAGCCGAGGGAACAGCACCGAGAAGGCCCUGUCUCUUGUCCCCGCCAAUCGCGUCUCCGAACAUGAUCUCUGUAAAACGAAUUUGUGAUGAAACAGUGCAGAAAAUAAAAUAUCCCAUCAACCAAAACAAAGACAAAACAAACAGUGUGGAUGGUAUGUAAGGAGAUGGGAAACAGUAACUUUCUUAUACACUAAUUGGCUGUUGGCAAAGGAUAGUUGAGAGUUUAGCAUGAUUUAUCUUAGGGAAGCAAAAAACAUUUUGUUGUAUGGAAUGAAAAGUUAAAUGUUUCAAGAUCUAAGUAAACUUCUGUCAUAUUCUUCAUAGUACUAUAUCAAAUUAUUGAAACCCAAAAGACAUUACCUUCCUGAAUACUUGAAAUUAUCUACUUAUGCUUGAAAACAUAUUCCCUGAAUAAAUUGUUCAUUUAUUUGUCUGAAUUUAGGCCGAGUCAUGAAACUGAAACAGCCUUAGUCGCCUUAAUAGAUGAUCUACGCAGGGAACUAGACCGGGGGAAUGUGUCCUUAUUGGUUCUCUUGGACCUCUCAGCUGCCUUCAAUACCAUAAACCAUGGUAUCCUUCUGGGAUGCCUCAUGGGAAUGGGGCUUGGAGAAACUUUUACAUUGGCUCCGAUCCUUCUGGAUGUUGUUGGGGGACACCUGCUCAGCCCCAUAGCCUUUGUCUUGUGGGGUCCUGCAGGGCUCAGUAUUGUCUCCCGUGUUGUUUAACAUCUACAUGAAGCUGUUAGGAGAGAUCAUCCAGAGUUUUGGAGUUCGAUGUUAUCUGUAUGCAGAUGAUGUACAACUCUUAUCACUCCUUUCCACCUAUUCAGGCCCUGAACCGAUACUUGGGGGCUGUGAUGAUCUGGAUGAGGGUGAACAAAUUGAAAUUGAAUCUAGACAAGACAGAGGUACACCUGGUCAGUCGGAAGGCCGAACAGGGUAUAGGGUUACAGCCUGUGCUGGAUGGGGUGACACUCCCCCUGAAGACGCAGGUUCGCAGCCUGGGAGUUCUUCUGGAUUCAUCACUGAGCCUGGAACCCCAGGUCUCAGAAGUGGCCAGGGGAGCUUUUGCACAAUUAAAACUUGUGCACCAGUUGCACCCAUAUCUUGAGAAGCCAGACUUGGCCAUGGGGAUCCAUGCUCUCGUUACAUCUUGAAUAGACUACUGCAAUGUACUGUACAUGGAGUUGCUUUUAAAGACUGUUUGGAAGCUUCAAGUUGUUCAACGGCAGCCAGAUUACUCACUGGGGUGGCAUACAGGAAGCAUACAACCCCCCUGUUACAUCAGCUCCACUGGCUGCCAGUCUGCUACCGAGCACAAUUCAAAAUGCUGGCUUUAGCCUAUAAAGCCCAAAACGGUUCCGACCCAGCUUACCUGUCCGAACGCAUCUCUUUCUAUGAUCCACCUCAGAGGUUAAGAUCAUCUAGAGAGGGCCUGCUCUCGAUCCCACCUCCUUCGCAGGCAAGGUUGGUGGGGACGAGAGUCAGGGUCUUCUCAGUGAUGGCCCCUCGCCUAUGAAACUCCCCAGCAAAAUUAGAUCAGCUCUCUCCCUCCUGACCUUUCAGAAAAAAGUAAAAAUGUGGCUUUGGGACAAAGCUUUUGGACAAUAAUCUGCAGUAUAAUUUAAAAAAUAUGGAAUAGUCUAAUGACAAUUGGAACAACUACGGAUUACAGCUCUGGAUUAUGUGGUUUUAAUUAGUUGGGAUUUUUGUUUUGUUUUAAUGUUGAGAUUUUUUUUAACUUGUUAGUUUUAAUGUAUUUGUGAUUUUAUUGUAUGUAUAUUUGUGACAUCGAAUGUGCCUUUUUGUAAGGCCGCUCUGAGUCCCCCGCAGGGUGAGAAGGGCGGGAUAUAAAUGUGGUAAAUAAAUGAAUAAAUAAUUUCUAUAUUAAGAGGAAAACAUGUCAAUGGCACAGAUAAUUUUGACUGACUAGUAAAAGAACACAUACUUCA